AUGGAAAGCAACGAGAAGAGAGAUCUGUAUUAUAGGCUUUCUAAAAAGCAUGGAUAUAGAGCACGAAGCGUAUACAAACUCAUGCACAUUGAUGCAGCUUAUGAUAUAUUCAAAGGAGCCAGUAAUGUGGUGGACUUGUGUGCAGCACCUGGAAGCUGGAGCCAGUAUGCAUCUGAAAGGAUGAAGAGCAUGCAUGGGAAUGAAGCUUUAGGAAGUGCGCAGCAACAUGUUGUCUGUGUUGAUGUUCAAGAUAUUGCACCAAUUGAUGGAGUUGCUUGCAUAAAAGAAGACAUAACGUCGUAUGGAUGUGCAGAGAAAAUUCUGCAGUGUCUUGGAGGAAGGAAGGCGGAUGUUGUUAUAUGUGAUGGUGCGCCUGAGAUAACUGGUUUGCAUGAAAUUGAUGAAUAUUUACAAUCUGAGCUGCUUAUUUCUACACUUUGUAUGUGCAUGAAGAUAUCAAAACAUGGAUCGUCUCUGGUUGUGAAAUGUUUCAAAGGCAUUUACACGCCAUAUGUAGUGAAUCAUUUUGGAAAAUUCUAUGAAGAGGUUGUGUUAUUGAAGCCUAAGGCAAGCAAAACCAGUUCUAUGGAAUGUUUUCUGUGCUGUAAGGGAAUGAAGAGUGCCACUGAAAGUCCUACAGAUAUCGAUACAAGCAUUGAAUGCAAGGAAAUCACUAUACAUCCAUGUGGAUAUGGCACAGAUCUAGGUCUUGAAUACGAAGUGGAAGAAAUAAAAACUUAA